GGCCACCCCGCAUCCGCACCCCCUCCCCGCCGCCUCGAUGCCACCUCCCGGGGUGGCCGGGGGCACCCGCAACCGUCGCCUUUAACGGGACCGGUGUCCCCAGGUGUCCCGACCGAAGAGGGUGGCUCCACGUCGUCCCUCCCCUCGGCGCCUUCCUGCCUUCCUUGUGCUUGUCACCCGGGAUUAGCGGAGGGACAGCCCAGGGCUCGGGGACACGGACGGGGACAGGGGCCACCUCGCCUGGAUGUAGGAGGCCACGGCCGGCCGGGGAGGACCGAAGGCGGCAUCCUCCAUCCCUGCGGUGGGCGAGGACGGGGACCCCCCGGCGCCCCGCCAGCCCUUGGGGGCAACAUGAAGGACCGGCUGGAGCAGCUCAAGGCGAAACAGGACGCGGACGAUGACACCGAGGAGCUGGAGAUCGCCGUCGACAACACGGCGUUCAUGGAUGAAUUCUUCUCGGAGAUCGAGGAGACCCGGCAAAACAUCGACAAGAUCUCGGAGAACGUGGAGGAGGCCAAGAAGCUCUACAGCAUCAUCCUCUCGGCCCCCAUCCCCGAGCAGAAGACCAAAGACGACCUGGAGCAGCUGACGGCGGAGAUCAAGAAAAUGGCCAACAGCGUCCGCAACAAGCUGAAGAGCAUGGAGAGGAACAUCGAGCAGGACGAGGCACGGUCCUCCGCCGACCUCCGGAUACGCAAGUCUCAGCACUCGGUCCUGUCCCGCAAGUUCGUUGACGUCAUGACCAAGUACAACGAGGCGCAGGUCGACUUCCGGGAGCGCAGCAAGGGCCGGAUCCAGCGCCAGCUCGAGAUCACCGGCAAGAACACGACGGACGAGGAGCUGGAGGAGAUGCUGGAGAGCGGGAACCCCUCCAUCUUCACCUCGGGGAUCAUGGACUCGCAGAUCUCGAAGCAGGCGCUGAGCGAGAUCGAGGGGCGGCACAAGGACAUCGUGCGGCUGGAGAGCAGCAUCAAGGAGCUCCACGACAUGUUCGUCGACAUCGCCAUGCUGGUGGAGAACCAGGGAGCCAUGAUCGACCGCAUAGAGAACAACAUGGACCAGUCCGUCGGUUUUGUGGAGCGGGCCGUGGCCGACACCAAAAAGGCCGUGAAGUACCAAAGUGAGGCCAGGAGGAUGAUUCCAACUCUCCCAGUAGUGAAGUCUCCCAGCAGGACCCUCCCCGGCACCCUCCUCUCCCUGCUUCUCCUGGACCUGCUGCCCUCAGCCCCGGCAUACCGGCUCCUGCCCUGGGCUCCGGCACGGCACCGCUGCCUCUGCCUCCACGGAGGGACUCCGACACCCGAGCGCUUUCCCCCACCAGACCAUCCCCUGUGGCCCCCGCUGUCCUGCCAGUCCCUGGGGUCUUCCCCUCUUGUCCUCACAUCCCCCGCGGAAAGGGGACAGGACUCAACUAUUUAUUUUCCCUUUGCUGAUAAAUCAACUCCUCCUGGUCCCCCAUCUCUUGCCGGGGGGAGCGAGGGGGCUGGGGGCUAUGCCGGCACCGUGGGGAUGUGGCAGCCGGUGCCAUGGCCCCAGCGAGAGGAGACGAGGUGCCUUGCUCUGGGCAGGCGAGGGCUGGACCCUCACCCGCACGGGCGUCCUGGGAGGACGAGGGAUGGGGAUACGGUCAGGACAGGGGGUUUGGUGGCACCAGCAGCUGCCGGCAGGUCUGGCCGCGCUUUGCUGUCCACCGUGCCGCGGCAGACGGAGCUGCCGGGGACCCCGUCCCCGCUUGGCCUUGAUGUCUGCGGUUGGCAGGUCCCCCGACGCCGACUGGCCCGGUGUUGCGGGGAGCUGGGGCUGGAGGACGCGGCGGUCACCGUUAUUUAAUUCCCGUUAAAAUAAAGAUCCCUGCUGACGCCCA